GAUCGAGGGUCCGAAUAGCAAAAAAGAAGUUAACCCUUCUUGUCCGGCCCUUUUGUUGGCGGCGUCGGCGGCGGCGAUGGCGACGUCGGCGAGCACGUCCGGCGAGUGGCUGAAGGGCGCCUUGCAGGAACUUCGGGAGCGUAAGGGCAGCUCGCUGGAGUUCGACUCAGAUCUCAUCUCGGGCCUCGUCUCCUUCUGCGAGCUCGCGCCUCCCUCCGACGCCACCAGCUAUCUCGAGAAUUUUAUUGGAAAAGAAGCUGCUCAGGACAUCAUUCAAGAGUACUUGCGGAGGAGGGGUCACAUUGGUUCUUCAAAUGGAACCGAGAGCUUUCAAUCAUCUAACCUUCAGCCUUAUGUUAAGCCAUCAGCUGAUGCAGCAGCUACACAAACAAAGAAACAAACACGCACACAAAAAGAUUCAGCAUCUUCUUCUAGUCAGAGUUCCAAGAGUCAAUCAGCUGCAGAAUCACAACUUCCUUCCAGGAGAGGUUCAAAAAAGAAAGGAGCAAAGGUCAUUUCCCUCGGUGAGGCAGCAAAAGGUUCUAUUGUCUUCAAGCAGGGGAAACCUUGUUCAUGCCAAGCACGGCAACAUAACCUUGUUAGCAACUGCUUAUCAUGUGGUAAAAUUGUGUGUGAACAAGAGGGCGAGGGACCCUGUAGUUUCUGUGGUGCACUUGUCUUGAAGGAAGGUAGCACUUAUGCUGGUUUAAGUGAUGUCGGGCUACCUCUUUCAGAAGCAGAAGCUGCAGCUGAAGCUUAUGCAAAGAGGCUGGUUGACUAUGAUAGAAAUGCUGCAGCAAGGACUAAAGUUUAUGAUGAUCAAAGUGACUAUUAUGAAAUGGAAGGAAACAGUUGGCUUUCUUCAAAGGAGAGGUCAGUCCUAAAGCAGCAGCAAGAGGAAGCUGAGGAAGCAGCUCAAAGCCAAAAGGGGAAAGUGAUUGUUACAUUUGAUUUGGUGGGCCGUAAGGUGAUUUUGAACAAGGAUGGAACUACUGAGCUGGAAACGGAGCAUCCGAUCAUGCGACCGCCCGAAGAGAAGGAUCAGAGCCACCGCAUACAACCGAACCCCACAAUCAGAGAGCAACCGGUGUUUGUCGAAACAGGUCCAGUUAAGCCAAAAACCGACCGAGCAAAACAGAGCAAGAGACUUGCCAAGAAUGGUCUGUGCCUGGAGGUAACCGGACGGCUGCAGCAUGAUGACAAGGACAUUGAGAGCAUUCUGAGUGGCAAGGUGAAGAAGGGUGAUCACCUGGCUUACAGUUCCUUCGGUCAGGCACGUGAAGGGGAUGACGUUGAAUGCUCCCCGGAUUUUGACUGAGCCUUUACUUGAGAAAAAUCAUGGUGAGGUAAAGAAAAAACCAUGAAACAGGUAGAGUUGCUAUGUUCCCCAUCCAACUACGUAUGCAAUGGUACCUUAACGGACCUAAUUUCCUGCAAAAUGCAAAUGUGAGAAUGGCACAUCGUGUCCAUGCUUUCAGUUCAACUUUCUUUCCAUAGUACUUGAUGCAGAAGUCGCAAUAACUAUAUCGAGGAAGAAGACAACUCAUUGGCUACAGAUCGAAUGCAAGUUUUCGGCCUCUUUCUACA